CAGCACACUAACGGGGCUUGACGUCAUGCCUAUAUCCACAAGUACCCCACUAAGCGCGCAAACUGCCCCGCGAUGCCCCUCCAUCAAUGUUCCAGGUCCUUUAAAGCAACGCGUAUCCCGCUCAACGUCCCAAGGGUAGAUCAGUAACGGUUUUGAUCCUAGGCCAGUUCCUCUACAAUCAAUUCAAGAUGGAGUACGACACCAAGACGCCCCAGUCCGUCACCAGCGACCCCAACUCGUUCGCCAGCGACUCCGUUCGCAAGCGCUGGCCUGUGAUUCUGACUAGUGCUAUUGACGACGUCUACCGAGCUGUCUCUGCUGCUACCGACCCCGAGGCGCAGGCUGAAGGCAAGAAGAUCAUCGAGCAGAUCGCUACCCUCAAGUACGAGAUUGAGCACGAUCGCAAGCUCACUCCUAUCCCCGACGAUGGCUUCUCCGACGAGAUCAAGGCUUACAACAAAGAGAUUGAGGACCUUGGCACUCCCAACUGGUUUGAUGUUCCCUGGCUCUUCUCAGAGUGCUACAUGUACAGACGCCUGAGUACCUUUUUCAGACUCACCAAGCACUGGAAGAACUACGACUUGUUUGCCCGCCAGAAGAUGGACACCUUCCGAUCCUCGCGACCGGCUGUCCUGGAGCUUGCCAGCAAGUACAAGGAGCUCAUCCAGCAGCUUUCCGCGGACAAGGAAAUCACACAUAAUGCGCAAGCUGAAGAGCUCAUGUUCACCGAAAUGUUCGAGAUUUGCCUAUGGGGCAACGCAACCGACCUGUCCCUCCUCACCAACCUGACCUACGAGGACAUCCAGAAGCUCCAGGGUGCCGAGGCCCGAAAGGCAGCCGAGAAGAACAUCCUGGUCAACGAUCUUCCCCGCGCCUAUCAGAUCCUCAAGAAGGCCCAGGCCGAGGGGAAGAAGGAGCGUCGUGUUGACAUUGUUCUCGACAACGCCGGCUUCGAGCUCUACGUUGACCUCAUUCUGGCAGGUUACCUACUCUCUUCUGGCCUCGCCACACACAUCGUCCUACGACCCAAGUCCAUCCCCUGGUUCGUCUCCGACGUUCUUCCUAGUGACUUUAGCGCCCUCCUAAGCGCCGUUGCCAACCCUCGGGCUUUGUACGAGACUGCCUCAGAAGAUGAGAAGCUCCAGGACAAGACGCCUGAGCCUCUGUCUAAGAGCGCCGAGGAGGACCUUCAGUUCGUGUUCCAGGAGUGGGCUGGUUUCCACGCUGAGGGCCAGAUAAUCCUCCGCCCCAACCGAUACUGGACUGCUGGUGGCAGCUUCUGGCGACUGCCACACGAGAACCCCGAGCUGCUUGAGGAGCUGAAGCCCGCUGAGCUUGUUAUUUUCAAGGGCGACCUGAACUACCGAAAGCUCACUGGUGAUGCAUGGUGGGAUCCCACUACCCCCUUCACUGACUGUCUCGGCCCCAUGGGCCCCUCUUCCGGUGUUAACGUGUUGUCGCUGCGAACUUGCAAGGCUGACGUUGUCGUUGGUCUCCCUGCCGGCAAGGACGAAGAGCUCCGGGCCCUCGAGGGCGGCGGCGGAGAUAGCGGACAGCGACGAUGGGCUUGGCACGGCAAGUGGGCUGUGGUUUGCCUAUCGGAGGGACACUAAAAGUAUUUUCAAAAGAUGGAUGAUUUAAUAUGGGUUGAUGGCGUGAAUAGAAGCCAUGAUAUACAUGCACCUACGGAAGGGUACAUUUAGAAGGAAUAGAAGGCACUUUGCCUAAAACAAACACGGUGGUCCAUCUCGGACUCAUGUUGGUCCGGCUCGGACUCAUGUUGGUGCAUUCGGACUUGCCCCACACUUGGAUGCAGAUCCAUGUUCAGCUCGUAAAACGGGCCAAUCUAAUUUGCGGACAUACAGCUGAAUCUGGAACA